AUGAAGUUCGCGUCGAAGGAAGAGCACCCGAAAGGCCACGGUGAAGGCGGCACCCACGGCCACCACGAAGGCAAGCCGCACAGUCCUGUGCUCAUUGAGCACCCUGGUGCAACCGAAUCGAGCAGACUCGACGGCAAGGGGCUGCGCGUGACGAUCAUCGCCUCGCGCUGGUACGGGAAGGUGGUCCACUCGCUCACCGAGGCGUGCUCCGAGGAGCUGCUGGCCAAGGGCGUGGCGGAUGAAGACCUGCACCUGGUGGAGGUGUCGGGCGCCUUCGAGCUGCCGUACGCGGCUGCACGCGUGAUCCACUGCAAGGACUCGAGCCACCGCCCGGACGCCGUGAUCUGCGUCGGUUGCCUCGUGCAAGACGGCACGCACAUGUGCGAGACCAUGAGCCAGGCCGUGGCCAACGGAAUCAUGAAGCUCAACACGACGUCGGACACGCCUGUGAUCUUCGGUGUGCUCUGCUGCGAAACCGAAGGCCAGGCUCACUCGUGCGCUGCCAAGAAGGCGAGCUUCGGGGGCGGUGAGAGCGAGAAGUGCAACCACGGCGUGGCGUGGGCGCAGUCCGCUCUGGAGAUGGCUCACUUGAAGCGCUGCGGAACCUGCGCGACGUGCGGGUUGUCCGCUGGGAAGUGUUCGUGCAAGGACUGCAACUGCAAGGUGUGCUGCGAUAACCGCCGAGACUGCGUGAGUUGUGGCUCGUCGGCCAACAACUGUUCGUGCAAAGACUGCAAGUGCCGCGCGUGCUGUUCGAAGCGCGAGGCCUGUCGUGGCUGCGGCUGCCCCCCGGACAACUGCGGAAGUCCUGGCGGCAAGUGCAUGUGCGGCUUGCUGCGCUAA